AUGAGGUGGCUCAAUUUGUCAGUUUUGCUUCUCCUACCGUGCGUCUUAUCGGCAAAUACCCCAAUCACUCCUAUUCAUGAGGAAGGCUAUUGUGCCAUAUACGACUCUUGCGGCAAAAAAAGCUUCUUUGGAGCAGAAUUACCAUGUCCUUCAAAUAUUAAGGCGGCUAUCCCUUCUGAUAGUCAACGAGAAUUGUUAGAGGAAGUCUGUGGUGAUACAUUCAAAGAGGGUCUUGUGUGUUGUACAGAAGACCAAGUGGUGUCAUUACAGCAAAAUUUAAAGAAGGCAGAAUCAUUAAUAUCUUCUUGCCCAGCUUGUCGGGAAAACUUCUAUCAGCUAUUUUGCAGAUUUACUUGUUCUCCAAACCAAUCUCAAUUUAUUAACGUCACAAAAACUGCGGUGGCUACAAAUGGUAAAGAUAUCGUCACAGAACUUGACCAGUAUGUUGAUCCUCAAUGGGCCUCUGAUUUUUACGACUCUUGCAAAAAUGUGAAAUUUGGGGCUACAAAUGGGUAUGCUAUGGACUUAGUUGGCGGAGGUGCAAAGAAUUAUAAAGAAUUCUUGAAAUUUUUAGGUGAUGAGAAGCCGUUACUUGGUGGGUCACCGUUUCAAAUAAACUAUGUUUGGCCAGAGGAGCCUGUGGAAGAAAUAAUUCCAUCAAGUGGGAACAUCUAUCAUUGUAAUGACAAGGACCCUAGAUACAGAUGUGCCUGCUCAGAUUGUCCAGGCUCUUGUCCCUCGUUGCCCGAAGUUCAUGAAAAGGGUAGCUGUAAAAUUGGAAGCCUUAAUUGCUUUUCCCUUUCAGUCAUUAUAGUUUACCUUUCCGUUCCUGUUAUAUAUUUUGCUAUCAAGGGACUCAUAUCGGUCUACAGAAACCACACAAUUAGAAAAGCGCAAAGGAUGCAACUAUUCCAGAAUGAUUCUUUAAUUGAUGAUGCGUCCUAUAGAUCAUUCAAUGAUGAUGAUUCAAGCUCAUUCUCUAGACAGCUAAUCCACGCGAAGGAAGUUUAUGUCAUUAAUGGCAUUCUUGAGAAGUGGUUUGGGAAAUUGGCUUUUUAUUGCGCUUUCUAUCCCAAAUUCGUUAUCAUCACCACCCUUAUUAUCACUGGAUUACUUUCAGCAUGUUCCACUUUUGUUCAAUUGGAAAAGAAUCCAAUUAAUUUGUGGGUAAGCUCAUCAUCGGAAGGAUAUAAACAAAAACAAUAUUUUGAUGAGAACUUUGGCCCAUUCUAUAGAACAGAACAAAUUUACCUUUACAAUGAAACUGGGCCAGUCUUGAGUUACGAAACUAUCAGAUGGUGGUUUGAGGCCGAGAAGGAAAUUACCCAAAAGUUGACCACUGAUGGAGUAGCUUAUGAUGACUUAUGUUUCAAGCCUACAGGAGAAGCUUGCGUGAUUGAGUCUUUCACCCAAUAUUUUUCGGGAGACAUCAAUAGAGUUGAUGAAAAUAGUUGGGCCGCAAGCUUAAAAAGCUGUGCUGAUGCUCCGGUGAACUGCUUACCACCAUUCCAGCAACCUUUGAAGAAGGAGCUAUUAUUUGGGGGCUAUGCUUCCGAAGAUAUUUUAACCGCAGAAGCUUUGGUUAUCACGCUUUUAAUUAAUAAUGAUAAUGAUGAAAGUUCUGCUCAAGUAGUAAAUGCUGCGAAAUGGGAGACUGAUCUUGAGCAGCAUCUUUUGAAACUUCAAAAAGUUGCGGAUGCCAAAGGGUUGAAACUCAGCUUCAGCACUGAGAUUUCUUUGGAAAAGGAACUAAAUAAGUCAACGAAUACUGAUAUAAAGGUAAUCAUUGGUUCUUAUUUGGUAAUGUUCAUUUAUGCAUCUCUAGCCCUCGGAAAUGGAUUGCCAAGCUUCUCUGAACCAAGCUCGUUCAUAAAUACUAAGAUUUCUAUUGGUCUUGCUGGUAUUUUCAUUGUUCUAUUAUCAGUAUCUUCUUCUGUUGGUCUCUUUGCGUUGUUGGGGGCUAAAUCAACAUUAAUUAUUGCGGAAGUUAUUCCAUUCUUGGUAUUGGCGGUUGGGGUUGAUAACAUUUUCUUAAUUUCUCAUGAAUUGAAACAUAUCAAUGCUCUGUACCCAAAUGAGUCAAUUCCUGAAAGAAUCUCCAGGACGGUGGGUAGAAUUGCCCCUAGUAUUGUGUUAUCAGCAACCACUCAAAUAUUAGCCUUUUCUUUAGGCACUGCUGUGGCAAUGCCUGCUGUUAGGAACUUUGCGUUGUACUCUUCAGCGGCAGUGAUGUUUAAUGCGUUAUUACAAUUGACGGUAUUGAUCUCAUUGUUUUCUUUGGAUCAGAAGAGAGCAGAAUCGAAACGAUUAGAUAUUUGGCCAUUCAAAAAGUUGACUGCCGAUGAAAUCAGCGCUUCACAGUACAUUGACAGCAAUAAUGAUGAUAGCAGAUUGUCUUUACUCGGAUCACAAAUAGUUUUAACUGAUGGUUUUUCUCAUGAAUCUGUCUUUAACGAUAUUUUGAAAAAAUAUCUUGCUCCGGUGAUUUUGAGGAAAACAAUUAAACCUAUUCUUUUGAGUAUUUUUGUCCUAUGGCUAGGUGUGUCCUUGGCCUUUUUACCAAACAUCAAAUUUGGACUUGACCAAAGAGAUGCCAUUCCUUCAGACUCAUAUUUGAUUGAUUAUUUUAAUGCAAUGUAUAGUUAUCUAAACGUCGGAGCUCCAAUUUAUUUUGUGGUCAAGGGUUUGGAUGUGACAAAAAGACAAGGCCAACGGAAGCUAUGCGGGAGAUUUACUACCUGUGACGAAUUUUCUUUAUCAAAUAUUAUCGAGCAAGAGAGGAAAAGGCUGGAAAUUUCUACAAUUAUCGAACCUGCUGCUAGUUGGAUUGAUGAUUUCUUUUUGUGGUUGAAUCCAGAGCUUGAUGAAUGUUGCCGUUUCCGCAAAAACACUAACCAAACUGAGGUAUGUCCACCAUACGCGUCUCCUAGAAUGUGUGAGGUUUGUUAUGCCAAUCAUGAACCACGGUGGGAUACAACUAUGGAGGCUUUCCCGGAAGAAGAUGAAUUCAUGAGAUAUUUUGACAUCUGGAUUAAUACACCUAGUAUUCCUUGUCCAUUAGGUGGUAAAGCCCCAUAUUCUUCAUCCAUUUCUUUGGACGAACAAACUGGAGAAAUAAAGGCCUCUGUUUUUAGAACCUCUCAUGUUCCUUUGAGAUCUCAAGACGAUUUUAUUAGAGCCUAUCAUGAAUCAUUGAGAGUCACCAAGGAAUUGAAAUCAAAGGUUUUAGCCGCCAAUGAGCCAAUUGUUGAGUCUGAUGAUGUCUUAAAUGUGGAGAAAAACAAUCUGGAAGCUGAAAUUUUUGCUUAUUCUCCGUUCUAUAUCUUUUUCAUACAAUACGAGUCUAUCGUGAGUUUGACUUUUUCCUUACUUACUUUGGCGAUCGGUGUGAUUUUUUUGACUUCUUCAUUCCUCCUUGGCUCUUUCAGAACUGCUUCAUUAUUAUGCAUUACAGUUAUCUCCAUAUUGGUUAACGUUGGUGGUGUGAUGGCGAUUUGGGGCGUUUCGUUAAAUGCUGUCAGUUUAGUGAACUUGGUUAUCAUUGUUGGGUUAGCCGUUGAGUUCUGUGCUCAUAUUGCUAGAGCGUUCACGGUUAUUGAUAGAUUUGAGUACCGUGAUAAUAAAACAAUGGGCUCAAGAAUUCAGAGAUCCUUCCAUGCUUUAACAGGAGUUGGGGGAUCUGUAUUUGGUGGGAUCGCGAUGACGAAAUUAAUCGGAGUGUCAGUUCUUGCGUUUACUAGUUCAAAGAUCUUUAGAAUUUAUUAUUUCAGAAUGUGGUUAUCAUUGGUCAUUAUUGCGGCGUUACACAGUUUGGUAUUAUUGCCUAUUUUAUUAUCUUAUUGGGGUGGUCGGUAUUACAUUUAUUCAUCGAGGGCCAGCGUUGUUUCUGAUGAUUUGGCUUCAAGGUUGAGAUUCAAUGAGUUGAGGGAUGAUGAUGGCGAUGAUCAAUGA